AUGUUAACAUAUAGAGUAUAUCCUCCAGGACUUAAUCAUAAUAGAGUAUCCCAGUACAAGAUUAACAUAAUAGAGAUCUCCCACAGAGACAAAUAAAGUAUCUCCUCAGAUUAACAUAAAUCGCGUAUCUACUACAGAUUAACAUAAGAGAGUAUAUACUUACAGAUUACAAUCAUAGAGUAAUCUCCUACAGAUUAACAUAUAGAUUAGUAUCUACUACAGAUUAACAUAAUAGAGUUAUCUACUACAGAUUUAGUAAGUAGAUAAUAGAGUAUCUCCUACAGAUUACAUAAUAUAGUAUAUACUACAUAUUAACAUAAUAUAGUAUCUACUACAGAUUUAGUAGUAGAUAAUAGAGUAUCUCCUACAGAUUAACAUAUAUAGUAUAUACUACAUAUUAACAUAAUAUAGUAUCUACUAACAAAUUAAACAUAAUAUAGAUAUCCUACAGAUUAACAUAAUAGAGAUCUACUACAUAUAACAUAUAGAAGUAUCUACUACAGAUUAACAUAUUAGAGUAUCUCCUACAUGUUAAAACAUAAUAGAGUAUAUCCUACAGAUUAUAACAUAAUAGAGUAUCCAUUACAGAUUAAACAUAAUAGAGGAUCUCCACAGAUGAAAUAAUAAGUACUAUCCUACAGAUUAACAUAAUCGCGUAUCUACUACAGAUUACAUAAUAGAGUAUAUACUACAGAUUAACAUAAUAGAGUAUCUCCACAGAGUAACAUAAUAGAGUAUAUCCUACAAUUUUACAUAAUAAGUAUCUACUACAGAUACCAUAAUAGUAUCUACUACAUCAUGUAUAGUAGAUAAGAUUAUCUCCUACGUUAACAUAAUAUAGUAUAACUACAUAUUACCUCAUAUAGUAUCUACACAGAUUAACAUACUAGUAUAUAUAAUCCUACAGAUUAACAUAAUAGAUAUCUACUACAUAUUAACAUAAUAGAGUAUCUACUACAGAUUAACAUAUAGAGGUAUCUCCUACAUGUUAACAAUAAUAGAGUAUAUCCCUACAGAUUAACAUAAUAUGAUAUCAUUCCAGAUUAACAUAAUAGAGGAUCUCCUACAGAUAAACAUAAUAAAGUACUAUCCUACAGAUUAACAUAAUCGCCGUAUCUACUACAGAUUAACAUAAUAAGUAUAAUACUACCAUUAUAACAUAAUAGAGUAUCUCCUACAGAUUAACAUAAUAGAGUAUAUCCUACAGAUUAACAUAAUAGAGUAUCUCCUACAGAUUAACAUAAUAGAGUGUAUCCUACAGAUUAACAUAAUAGAUUAUCUCCUACAGAUUAACAUAAUAGACUCUAUCCUACAGAUUAAUAUAAUAUAGUAUAUCCUACAGAUUAACAUUAUAGACUAUCUCCUACAGAUUAACAUAAUAGAGUAUCUCCUACAGAUUAAAAUAAUAGAAUAUCUCCUACAUAUUAACAUAAUAGAGUAUAUCCUAAAGAUCAACAUAAUAGAGUCUCUCCUACAGAUUAACAUAAUAGAGUAUAUCCUACAGAUUAACAUAAUAGAGUCUCUCCGACAGAUUAACAUAAUAGAGUAUCUCCUACAGAUUUACAUAAUUGAGUAUAUCCUACAGAUUAACAUAAUAGAGUAUCUCCGACAGAUUAACAUAAUAUAG